GAGAAGGAGAGACUGCAGGCACUGCUGGUCACCAUGCAUUCAGCUGUCCUGGCCACUCUCUUCUUGUUGAGCUGGACUCACUGUUGGUCCCUGCCCCUGCCCAAUGGUGAUGAUGAUGAUGACUUGUCUGAAGAAGACCUCGAGUUUGCAGAGCACUACCUGAAAUCUUACUAUCAUCCUAUGACUCUCGCUGGAAUUCUGAAAAAGUCUGCAGUGACUUCUACAGUUGAUAGGCUCCGAGAAAUGCAGUCUUUCUUUGGCCUAGAGGUAACUGGAAAACUUGAUGAUCCCACCUUGGACAUCAUGAGGAAACCAAGAUGUGGAGUUCCUGAUGUGGGUGAAUACAGUGUUUUCCCUCGAACGCUCAAAUGGUCCCAGACAAACUUAACUUACAGAAUUGUGAACUAUACUCCUGAUAUGCCCCAUUCUGAAGUGGAGAAGGCCUUCAAAAAGGCCUUCAAAGUCUGGUCUGAUGUGACACCUCUGAAUUUCACCAGAAUCCAUGACGGAACUGCUGAUAUCAUGAUAUCUUUCGGGACUAAAGAACAUGGGGACUUCUACCCAUUUGAUGGACCUUCUGGUCUUCUGGCACAUGCCUUUCCUCCUGGACCAAAUUAUGGAGGGGACGCCCAUUUCGAUGAUGAUGAAACCUGGACAAGCAGUUCCAAAGGCUACAACUUGUUCAUUGUUGCUGCCCAUGAGCUUGGCCAUUCCCUAGGUCUGGACCACUCCAAGGACCCAGGAGCCCUGAUGUUUCCCAUCUAUACCUACACUGGCAAAAGCCAUUUCAUGCUUCCUGAUGACGAUGUUCAAGGAAUCCAGUCUCUCUAUGGUCCAGGAGAUGAAGACCCCAAUCCUAAACAUCCCAAAACACCAGAAAAGUGUGACCCUGCCUUAUCCCUGGAUGCCAUUACCAGCCUCCGAGGAGAAACCAUGAUCUUUAAAGACAGAUUCUUCUGGCGUCUGCACCCUCAGCAGGUUGAGGCAGAGCUGUUUUUGACAAAAUCAUUUUGGCCAGAACUUCCCAACCAUGUGGAUGCUGCAUAUGAACAUACAUCCCAUGACCUUAUGUUCAUCUUUAGAGGUAGAAAAUUCUGGGCUCUUAAUGGUUAUGACAUUCUAGAAGGUUAUCCCAAAAAGAUAUCUGACCUGGGAUUUCCAAAAGAGGUGAAGAGGAUAAGUGCCGCUGUGCACCUUGAGGACAUGGGCAAGACCCUCUUCUUCUCCGGGAGCCAGGUGUGGAGAUAUGAUGAUGCUAACCAGACUAUGGACAAAGACUAUCCCCGACUCAUAGUAGAAGAAUUCCCCGGAAUUGGUGAUAAAGUAGAUGCUGUCUAUGAGAAAAAUGGCUAUAUCUACUUUUUCAAUGGGCCUAUGCAGUUUGAAUACAGUAUCUGGAGUAACCGCAUUGUACGAGUCAUGCCAACAAAUUCCUUACUGUGGUGCUAA